GGGAGUUCAUCACAGCUCCAAUCCUGGACUGUUCAGCCGUCCUUUGAAGUGAUUCCAGCUCAGCCACAGCUAGUGUUUCUUCGUCCAUCAAUCCCACCUCCCGUUACCCCUCACCCUGUUGGGAAAAAGAGAAAUGACUCCACUAAUUACCUGCCUAUCCUGAAUUCUUAUCCCAAAAUAGCACCACAGCCCUGCAAAAGGGAUCACUCCUUUGAUCUAGAAGAACGUCAGGAAACCAGUUGCCAUAAACGACUCUGCACAGAAGCACCCAAGAUGGAGACUUCUCCUGUAUCAAGGAGCACAGGCUUGCCUCCUAGUCCGUUUGUCCACCUACCAGUUAGCUUUAAGACCCCUCAGGAUUCUAACGAGGAAAGUUCUGCAACUCCGUUGACAAGUGGAAAAUUGUCAGCUCUUCCUGGUUUUCAUCGUGUUUCCAGUGACACUCAGAAAGUGCCAGGUCUGACUCCCCUUUUACCUUUUGGAACUCUGCAGGCAACAAAGCGCAGCCCUCAUGAGAGCGAGAGCGCAGCACAAACUACAAUGCAGUCAGCAGUGUGGAGCCCCCCAUUGAUACCGGAAGAGACUUGCAGUACCCCUGAGCUGCUCUUGCAACAGCAAAGCAAGUGCAGACGCUUUCAGAAUACGCUCGUUGUGCUACGCAGGUCAGGAUUGCUGGAGAUCACUUUAAAAACCAAGGAGCUCAUUCAUCAGAACCAGGUGACUCAGGCCGAGCUGGACCGGCUGAAGCAUCAAACACAGCUUUUCAUAGAGGCAAUAAAGAACAAUGCUCCACAGUCAUGGGCAGAGCUAGAAGCAUCUCUAACAAGAUCUGAUAAAGCUGAUAGCAACCUUGAAGACCCCACUUAUCCCAACAUGUAG